AUGGGGCCCUCGCCGCCACACCACUCCCAAGAAGCCCACCUCAUUCCGUCGACGACAUACCAUCCUCACAACUUCCCAACCCAACCCCUAACCUCCGCCCUCAGCCUCGCCAUCGCGCCCCUCUCCUGCCAAAAAUGCGACGCCCCCUCCACCACGACGCCCUCGAACCCCGGGCUCCGCGCCCUCGACGCAUCUCUCAUCCCCUCCGCCCACCGCCCCAACCGCUUAGCGCUCGUGAACGCGUCAUCCGUGCCGAAAAUAGCCAAAGUCGGGUACCUCAGAAGCGGAUCGGGACUAUCACUACUACUACUACCCUCACCGCCACCGUCGACAUCACCACCACCACCACCAGAAGAGAACCCGAGCCUCCGCCCCGCCGCCGCGAAGUACGAAGACGCCGAUGACAACACCGGCACGGCAGGUAACCCCGGCAACGACGUCGCCAGCCCCGGCGCGAUGGCCAGGGACGUGGGCGGCAGCAGCGGCGAGAUGAGCAGACUCCGUCUCGUCUGA